UUUUCUCCCUUUGAUCUUUGCUUUUGCGAUUUGUUCUUUUGCCUAGCCUGUGGGGAAAAACGAGAGAAGAAAAACGCGAGAAGAAAAGAACACGCCGCCUAGUGGACGCGAGGACCGGUAGCGAGCCUCGUUUCCCCUGUCUGCCCUCACUGACGGGGGGCUGCCCACUGUACUUCAAUAGGCACGGUACCCUGUACACAGUACAACAAGGCGUGUUCACGACCGGGCACCUCCGUGCUCCACUGCUCCGCCCAGCCAUCGUCUCGUCACGUCAAUUUCCGUUUUGCGUUCGUCGCCGUGCUUUCUUUUCACUCGCCAUCCACGCCGGCCCGCCAUGUAAGUCGCGCCCUUUCUCCUUUGCUUGCCGCAACCAAACGUGGUCAGCCGCAGAGGGCCACUCACCAGAGGAGGCUGCCUGCAAGCACAAGCACAAACACAAACGGGACUUGAAGUGGUGAUACGCACCGCCCCUCCAAAGCUCCGCGAGGGUGUGUCGCACUGCACCGCGACUUCACCAAUCCCGUCACACGCGCCCUUCUUUUUUCCUACUAGACCCAACCGCGCAAUUGGCCCCCUUUUCGCAGCCCAUCAUCCUCCUUGCAUGCGCAGGAGUCAAAGGAACGAGGCCGAUAGGGACGCACGGCAAAUUCUAAAAAGUCGGUCUAGUAACACCAGCCAACAGAACACCUUGUGACGAACUUCCAACUCGCCCUCCCGCGAGAACCAUCUUCGAGGCUGUUGUUUUAUUACUAUUGUUAUUCUUCUUCUUCUUUUGUUCUUCAUCUCUCAAUUGUUUAGUCUAGAGCCGCCGAAACCGCCCUCGACCGACACCCAAGGACAACGCCUGUCCACACCCGACGACAAGCUUGCGAACCGCUGCGCCGCUGCCUCCCUGUUGGGACACAGGCGCCCCUCUCCCGAACACACACUACAUCCCCCGCACUUUGUUUCGUCUUCACGGUUGGCGCAACUGCGAGCCUACGCCGAUAGCUUCCAUGGGUCUGAUACCCGCCCGCCAUCACACUGUGAACUCCUUGAACCUUCAGGAUGGCCACGGCCAAGGUUUUGUUCUCCCCGCCCCAUGUCUGGACAGGAGACCGCGGCGCGUCUGGGUGGCCAGCAACCCAUCUUGGGACGAGGACGGCUGGAUUGGGUGACCAUGUCAUUCCAUGGACCCCGGAGGACGUGCAUUUGAGGCUGAGAUGCAUUGCGAGAGCGUGGCUAGCGAGCCCUAAACGGGAGAAUUCUAGACACGCGAAUGCGCUCCUCACAGCACCAAAGCUCGGCCCGUGCUGGUCGCGGACAUUAGCACAGCGCGGCCUCGUUGCACCAGGUCAUGAGUGGGACGACUGCGGCUCGCCAACCCUUCCGAGCGACCAGACGACCACUUCCGAGCUAGCCUCUCGCAAGCCUCCUUCCGCUGCAAAUCUAGACCCUCCCCGGCCUUCGCUCGAUAGGACACCAGGACGCAGGAAUCGUGACAGCGGCCUGUUUGCCGACCCGGCCGCAGCUGCCGAUGUUGAUUUCAGCUGGCAAGGCGGCUUCCGGGAAGCUGCCAAGAAGAAGAAGGGUGUCAAUCAGAAACCCCCUGUCCAGCAGCCACCACCACCGCCCCCGCCUCCGGAGGCUCCGAGCGGCGGCGGUGACGAGAACGCCGAGAACAAGGACGGUGAUGGUGCCGGCGAUGGUGCCGGCGACGGCGCCGGCGAUGGAGGUGCUGGAGGUGGGGGCGACGACAAGAAGGAUGCGGAAGACAAGAAUGAUGACGACAAUAAGGGUGACGAAAAGAAUGAUCCCGAGCCCGCCAUCGACGACCCCUGGGCAGUGUCAUCCACUCCCAAGAAGAAGAAGAAGAAGGGUGUGGCCGUUGUCGAGGAAAAACCUGCCGAGGAACCGCCGGUUGUCGAGCAAAAGGAGCAAUACCCCCCAGCCAAGUCCUCGAAUGCGUUUCACGAUGUCAAGCCGGAUGAACCCGCCCCGACAAUCGAAGUCGACCUCAGAAAGGUCACCAAAGCCGCAGUAGGCAAGCUCUCCUCAUGGGGCUGGGGCGGUUGGGGUAGUAAGAACGACUCAAAACAGUCACAAGUCCACAUGGAAGAGGUCAAACCACCACCCGAGCCAGUGAAGCCUGCGGCUGAGAACUCGCGAGGUCUCGAUCGAGACAAGGCGAGCAAGAAGGGCAAGAGCACGACCUUGGAAUUCGGCGAGACUGUGGAACCCAAGGCUGCCCCGGAACCUGCUCCUGCGCCCAUAAUGUCUGCCUUGAAGAAAAAGAAAGAGGACGACCCCUUCGGGGCCUGGGGUCUCAAGGCAAACAAGACAAGGGUUGCGGACGAGCCCCCAAAGGUCAAGGCCAAGGAGCCAGAAGACCCAUGGGGACUUGCACUAAAGGCGAGCAAGCCCAAAAAAGGCAAAACCUCGCUAUGGGACGAUGAGAUCAAUGAGCCGGUCCCGGUCCCGGAACUGGAACAGGAGCCUGAAAAGCAGGAGCCUCCAGUCGAAGAGACACUCCCACCCAAGGACCCUGACACUGAACAUCAGCCGCCGACAGACGAUGCCGCGUGGGGUUGGGGUGCUGCCACUGCUGCUCCGACCAAAAAGAAGAAGAAGAAGGGCAAAGGUGGCGCCGACGAGGUCCCUCCUCCUCAGUCUCCGCUUCCGCCUCCCGAGCCAGUGCUGGUACCCGAGCCGGAGCCGGAGCCGGAAAAGGCCGAAGAAGAGGCAGAGGAGAAAAAGGAAGACAUCGGCUUUAGCUGGGGCGCCCCGCCAGCGACGAAAAAGGACAAAAAGAAGAAAACCAAGCUUUCCGUCUGGGACGAGCCUGGUGAGGAGCCGGAACCAGACCCAGAGCCAGAAAAGCCUGCUGAGCCCGAGCCCAAGGUUGAGGUCGACUCUAUAUGGGACCCCCCUGCCACCAAGAAGGAGAAGAAGAAGAAGAGCAAAGCCAUGGUCGAGGAGUUGCCACCCCCCCAGCUUCCGGAACCGGAGCUAGAGGUUCUGAUAGAAACGGAAUCGGUCGAGGAAGAAAAAGACAGCUGGGGGCUUGGAUGGGGUUCUAGCACAAAGGACAAGAAGAAGAGCAAGACCGCAGAGCCCGAAGUCGUCAAAAAGGCUGAUGCAAUACCCGAGCCCGAGUCGAGGGUCAAGGAGGACAAGCAGGACGACAGAUGGGCUGGAGCCGGCUGGGCAGCUCCGAUCAAGAAAGAGAAGAAGAAGAAGAGCAAGACCAUCGUGGAGCCCGAGCCAGUCAAGGAGCCCGAGCCCGAGCUUGAACCCGACCCCGAACCGGAGCCCGAACAGAAGCCUGAGCCUGAGCCUGAGCCUGAGAAGGCCGACGAAGACGCCUUGGGCUUCUCCAUGCCCUCCAAGAAGGACAAGAAGAAGAAGAAAGGCGCGGUUGAAGAGACCAAAGCGGAGCCUCCUGCCCAAGAUACCACGUCCUCCAAGAAGGAUAAGAAGAAGAAAAGCAAGACGGCAGACCCCGAGCCCGAGCCCGCCAAGCAGCCCGCCGCUGACGACUGGGCCGGUUGGGACCCGGCCAAGACAAGCAAGAAGGUUGAGGAUUCACUGAUUGAUCUCGACAAAGAGGAGACCGUCGAGGAGGAGGACAAGGAGGAGGAGGAGGAGCCUGAAAGCGGUGGUGGUGGCUUCUGGAGCGCCUUCGGAUUGGGCGGGAGCGGCGGAAAGAAAAAGAAGGAAGAGCCCAAGCCUGAUGUCACUGAGGAGCCUGUCAUCGAUGACACUUGGGGUUCCGCCGCUACCAAGAAAAAGAAGAGUAAGUCCAGCAGCAAGAACCCCCCAGCCGAGGAGGUCGAGGAGACGGAUCUCUUGUCCGUCGAACUCGACGGUGACGAGGAAGGGAAGGACGACAAGCCCGACGACGACAACCCCUGGGCCAGCAUUUCCAAGUCCAAAAGCAAAGAGAAGGACAAGGAAAAAGAGAAGGACAAAAAGAAGGAGCCCAAGCUUAGCAAGAAGGAACUGGAGAAGCUUGAGAAGGAGAAGAAAAAGGCCGAAAAGGCCGAGGAGAAACGGCUGAAAAAGGAGGCGCAAGAGGCCGAGGAGAGUGCUAGGCGAGAGGCUGAGGAGGCCGAAGAAGCCGCCGCCCGUGAGGCCGAGGAGCAAGCCGCUCGCGAGGCAGAAGAAGCUGCGCGCGAGGCCGAAGAGGCUGCCCAGCGCGAGGCCGAGGAAAAGGAGCGACUGGAGCGGGAAGAACAGGAGCGGAAGGAUGCCGAAGCCGCCGAGGCCAUGCGCGAGGAUGCCGAGCUCGCAGCGCUGCAAGUCAAGAAGGAUACCUCGAGGCUCAAGAAAUUGAUGAAAGCGGACCAGGCCAGGUACAACCUGCUCAGCGCCAAGGCGAAUAAACGAGCCGAAGAAAAGGCGGCUCGUGAGGCCGAAGAGCAAGCAGCGAAAGAAGCCGAGGAAGAGGCGGCUCGUAAGGCCGAAGAAGCUGCAGCACGCGAGGCCGAGGAGAAAGCCGCCCGCGAAGCCGAAGAAGCCGAGGCCCGCGAAGCCGAAGAGGAGGCGGAGCGUGAGCGAGAAGAGGCUGAGGCAGCGGCAGUGGCGGCGGCUGCUCUGGUCAUCGGGGCGGACUCCAAGAAAAAGUCCAAGUCCAAAGAUAAGGACAAGGACAAGGACAGGGAGAAGAGCUCGUCCAAGUCCAAGUCCAGGGAUGCCGAAAAAGCAAGCGCCAAGAUAUCAUCCAAGGACAAGAGCAAGAGCAGGGACAAGGACAAGGACAAAACGCGAGACGGCGACGAGGCCAAGGGUCAAGGCGAGGAUGACGAUGUUGAGGAUCUGGACCAGCACCUGCUUGGUCUUUCGCCAGAGGAAGUUGAGGAGCUGCUGAAGGGCGCACCGCCCUCCAAGGCCCCAGCGCCUCCUUCGCCGCCCUCAGCGCCCGUGGCAGCACCCGCUCUGUCAUCCGACGCGUUCGGCUUCUGGGGCGCAUCCAAAAAGGCCAAGCCGGUCGUGCCAUCUCCGCCCCCGGAAGACGUCAUGACAGUCCAUGACGACGCUCUUGGUGCCGAUGUCUGGAAGGACGCGAGGGCUCCGAGGACCAAGAAGGCCUAUGGUGGCAAGAUUGCGGACCGCCUCAAGGCGUUUCAGCCCGUCCAAGACCCGCCCGAGGUGAGCGAAGACGACGGAGAGCCUGAACAAGAACCACUGCCUCCGCCGCCGCCGCCACCGCCACCACCAGCCGACGAUAGAAAGGCCCGUUCUAGGUCCAAGCGAGACAGAGAGCCGCCUCGGGUUGAGGUGCUUGAAGACCCUGUCCCUCCAAGAAGGCAUCGAAGAUCGCAUGCUCCUGGUGCGUUUCCUGAUGAAGACGGGGACGAAAUUGUCGAAAUUGUCGAAAUUGUCGAGGCACCCAAAAGGUCGAGCAAGAAGACCAGCAAGUCACGCUCCAAGGGUGACCCCGUCACGUUGGUGCCACCCCCCGUCCCCCUCGCGCCACCCCCUCCCCCCGCCGUACCUGAAGUCCCGUUGUCGCCGCCGCAUGACGGGAGGAGAAAGGAGCGGCCCAGGGGCAGCCGCGAAAACUCGGGCUCCUGGGGCAUGUGGAACGCGGCGGCGCCGCCGCCGCCGCAGCCGCAGCCGCAGCCGCGAAAGGAGGAACGUAAGCACUCUUCCAGGUCCGAGCGGAAGGAGAGGGAGUACGGGCUGUCCUCGUCAAAGCACCGCCCGGCGGAGGGGUCUCCGCCCCCGGAGGCGCGGCCCGAGCGCAUGAGGGACGGGUCCGGUAAGGUGCGCAUGGCAAGCGUUUUUGAAAGCACGCCGCCUUUGUCCAAGUCAGCAUCGACACGCGACGGGAGACCUAGUCGGCCGUCGCGCCGACACUCUGCAGAUGUGCAUCACGACCUUGCCUCGCCACCUCCCGAGGAGGAGGUGCCCGAGAUGACGGACAAGGCAGCCAAGAUCCUGGGCGUCAAGAGCAGCAGCAGGCGGAAGAAGGUGCGGACUGCAGACGAGGACGAUGUCGUAGUGAUCGAGGCUCACGGCCCGGAGCAUGGCCGACGGCAUAGAUCCUCAAAGUCAACGCAGCUGCCGAGGGACGACGACGUGUUCGUGACGGACCGCCACGAAGCCCCACCACCACUGAAGCGAAGCAGCUCGAGCACCAAGAAGGGCCUUGCGGGUCUCUUUGGCGGGAUCCUGUCGAACCCACGCUCCUCGGAACCGGCGCCGGCCCGGCCCGAGCUCAGACGACGCGGUACGUACGUGACGGAUGACGAGGCGAACCACGAGGGCGCUUCGGGUGCUGUGACGGACGUGGAAGAGGCUAGGCGUGCUGCGCGCCGAUCCCGCCGAACCGAAAAGGUCGUGGAGGAUCCCCGACAAGCCAAGGAUGAGGCACGACGCCGGCGGAAACAGGAAGAGGAGGCUGAGGCUCGGAGGCGUGAGGAGAAGGAGGCGCGGCGGGCGAAGCGGCACGCGGACCGCGCCCGGGAGGAAGCCGAGCGGCUGGCGGCCGAGGAGCAGCAGAGGGAUGCCGAACGUGCCGAGCGUCGAAGGCAGCGCAAAGAACGCGAGCGCAACCGACAGGCCGAAGACGCUGGCGUGUCGCGCCACGAGCGCCGGCGCCACGAGAGCGAGAGGGACGAAGAAGAAGAGCGUCGACGGCGCCACGAGGCGCGGCGUGCAGCGCGUGAGGCCGACCGCACGCAAAGCGGCGCUGAGUCUCGACCCCGGCGUCGCGGGGAGGAGCGAGUGUACUCCCGCAGCAAGUCGCACCAAGCCGACGAACGACACAAGGACGGCUGGCCACACUCUGGCACGUCGUCCUGGGUCAAGGACAACUCGGACGCGCAGCCACCCCAGGACGAAGGCAGGGGCAGCGCCUCGCCCGACGACGACGAGGAAGCGCGGCGGGCAGCACGGAGGGCAGACCGCCGACGGAGCAAGUACGACGACGAUAGGGCGGCUGCUGCUGAGGAGGAAGCCCGGCGGCGGAGGCGCAAGGAGGGCAGAGACGACCGCGACCGCGACCGCGAACGUGACCGCCGGGCCGGUGGCAGUGGGGGCGGCGUGUCCGACGGCAGCGACGAGCGCAAGCACAGCCGACGCACGUCGACCUUUAUGGAUGCGCAGCCGAGGAGCAGCUGGUGGAAGAAGCUGACGGGAUCAUGAUGGUCCGUCGUGGGUUCUCACCCUUCCUAUUCCCAUAUUUCCUAGAGUGUGCGCUUGUUGUUUAUUUUUCUGCAUUUUGGAGCAAUUGUUGAGCGAUGUUGUUUUUCCUCUUGGUACUGGGCUCACCCAACUCUAUCUUUUGUUAAUUUCUUAAUGUGCUCCGACAGCUGUCACCUCUUCCUUUUUCACCCUUUGGUUUGCGGUUGGAUACCCCCCUUGCACACCUCCCAACAUACCUAUACAGCAGCACGUGCGCGAGCCCACCCAAGCGAGGCGUCGUGGGGGAAAUUCGGGCGUAUGUUUUGAUUGAUCUGUACGAGAUGGUUGACCAGAUGCGGCAGUGACGAGUCUCACUUUAUGUCCUUAUUUUCCGGGCUGGCAUGUAUGAACACGGGCAGUUAUUUGAGGCGGGGGGAAAUCAAGGCUUAUUAGUCCUCGUGGGUAGAAUAUGGAAUAUCUCGAGACAUAAUAAACGCGACGAGAGGGCUCUUGCCCUGUCUAGUUGGCACAUGUGCUCUCUGCAUAUCUGAUUCGCGUGUUCCUGGGCCG